AUGCCUCUCACCAUUGAUCCAGUCUACGCUUUAGCUACUGAGCCUCUCAUUCCCAUCCUGAAGUCGCUUCCUGUGGCCAAAGUCCAUGACAUUGAGACGCGCCGCAGCAGCAUGAAUGCAAUUUUCGGUCCUAUAAGUGAAGAAAUACAGUUCCCCAGCGGUGUCAUCCAAGAACGAUUCACUCUCAAGUCAUACGACAGCGCCGAGGUGUCCAUCUUACAUACGUAUUCGUCUACCCAAUCUCGAGGCAAUCCUACUAGCGCCAUCAUCCAUGCUCAUGGUGGCGGUAUGAUUGCAGGCUCCCCUGAGAUCUUUGCCAAAUUCAUCGCGAGAUUCGCAUCCCUGCAUGGUCUACCUGUUUUCAGCGUAGACUACCGCAAGGCACCUGAAAGCCCACAUCCAGCUCCAACUGAAGAUGUCUAUGCUGGCUUGCUGUAUGUGCAAUCAAACUCCCAACGUCUCAAUAUCGACCCUGCUCGCCUUAUACUAUAUGGCGAAUCUGCUGGUGGUGGUAUUGCAGCCGGUGUGGCAUUGAUGGCUCGCGACAGACAUCUGAUACCUGCGGUCGCUAAGCAGAUUCUCAUAUAUCCAAUGCUAGACGACCGCAAUUGUCGUCCUAUCCCUUCCAUCGAGCCGUUUGCUUUCUGGAACAAUGAGAGCAAUAUUACGGGUUGGACAGCACUGCUAGGGGCUGAUAAGGCGGGGAAGCCUGAGGCAGAUGUAUCACACUACGCCGCUCCAGCACGAGCGACAGAUCUUGUAGAUCUGCCAAGAACAUACAUCGAUGUAGGAGAGUUGGAUAUAUUCAAGGCCGAGGAUAUCGAAUUCGCAAGGAGGUUGACUGAGGUUGACGUGAGCGUGGAGUUUCACCUAUAUCCUGGGGUACCACAUGCUUUUGAGACAAUGGCUCCAGGAAUCUGGAGCAGUAGAUUGGCAGUGCAGAAUAGAGUGAGAGCACUGCAGGACGUCUGA